CUUUUAACCUUUUUUAGUUAGAGAAAGUACAAACAUUUCGUUAAGUUCUACGAAGUACUGAGUGUCAUGGUAAAAGACGAAUUAAGGUGGUUCGAACGGAGUAACGAUACUGUUCAACUUUAAGAGACUAUCAAUCCAACAGAAAAUCGAACGUUACUGGUGUCAUGAAGUUACAAAUGACAUACGUUUUACCAAGAUGCGAAUUACCAUGGUAACAGUAUGGCCUCAUACAUACGAUGUUGCGAUCUACGACUUGACAUAGUUGCCUAAGCGACGGUAAAAUUUAAAUAUAAAAUUGUGGGAGGGUUUUGAGAAAAUUGCAGGUGAAGUUUCAAGGAGUCAAACUACAGCAAAAACUUAGCUGUUUUAAAAAGAUGUACGAAGGCGCGGCCCGAGUCAACUAUCACAUGUAGAAAUCGACAGCGAGUAAUCUAGUAUAAUCUACGAGUCGUUCGAAACUUUAUCAAAAUUCUCUUCACAGACACUUCGAUUACGCAAACAAGCGGCCAUCUUAUAGUGGGUAGCGUAGCCAAUGCGGCAGAGAACGGCAUUCGUGAUAAAAUGCUGGUAGAUUUUUACCAAUACUGAAGAGACGCACGCACCAUGGAAGCUAUUUGUUAAAUAACGCGCGCUCGGGUUGGUUAAACAGCGUGCUACAUCAGGUCUGAAGGUGCUAUGAUCGAACAGUAGCAGUCAGAGAUCGACCAGAAAUAUUUUCUGGAUGGAAACAGCGUGAAACUUGUGAAAAUCGUACUCCAAUAACAUAAUGUCUCCGGGGCCACGUUUCCCUCGUGCCAGAGCCCCUACGGCUAAGAGGGACAAGCAUUUCUGGGGAGAGAAUGGAAAAGAUCGAGGCGACUCUACAGGCAGGGUGGCUUACUUGAGCUAUUAUGAUAAAAUUAAUUUUUUCGAGUCACCUACACUGUGCUACACAACGCUGUGUUCUUCAUGAUGUUGGGACUGGGUUGGGGCUGGCGGAGGGACCGUUGCUUGAUGUCCCCAAACGACGUCCCAUAUUCCUAUCACACAAUAACUUUAGGAGAUACUUACUUAUAUUUUCAUUCUUGAAUAACAAAGGGCUGGAACCUCAAAUCCGACCUUUUUACUUCGAAAAAAUGGCAAAGAGUUCGUGCUACGGCACAAGUCUCCAGUGCAGGUCUACAUUGGUUAUCACAAGGUCGACGUUGAGUACAAAAUCAUGUCUGCCCUGGGGGAAACUUCUUUUCCAGUGCCUAAAACGUAUCUCUUCUGUGAGGACAAGACAAUCAUGGGCCAAGAAUUUUACGUCAUGGAGUAUAUCAAGGGUCGUCAGUUCCCGGAUGCAAAUUUACCCGGUUUACCUCCAGAAGAGAGAAAGGCAAUCUUCGAGGCUGCAAUGAAAACGCUGGCACAACUACAAUCUAUCGACACGGAUAAGCUAAACUUAGAUUGCAUCGGUGACAAAGAGAAUUUCUUUCAACAAAGGUUGGAUACGUUGUAUGAAGGUUACAAACGAACUGAAAUGAAGGCAAUUCCUAAAGUUCAUCAAUUAAUGGAAUGGAUGAGAGAAAACAUACCAAAGGACGACAAGAAACCCGUUAUUCACCACACUGAUUUCAGGAUUCCGAAUAUGCUGUUUCAUCCAGAACAGUCUCAGGUCUUGGCCGUGAUAGACUGGGAAGCAGCAUCUUGGGGACAUCCAUUUGAGGACCUUGCGUACUUCUGCCUAGCUUACCAUUACCCAGCGGAAUUAGACAUUAUGCCUGGGUUUAAAGUCGCGUAUUACUCAGAAGGGAUCCCUAGCGAGGAGGCCAUGCUGUCUUUAUACUGUGAGUUGACUGGAUACACCCUUCCUCUCCCAAACUGGACAUACUUUUUGGCAUUGAUAUUUUUCCGCGUGGUCGUGAAUAUUCAGACCGUAUUUGCACAGUUGUCUGCUGGUGGUGUUGACUUACCUUUUUCGUUUAAAGGCGUGGAUGACUUGUUGGAGCCUCUUGUACAUCACGCCUGUAAAGUUGUUGGACUCAAGUAACUUGGUCAACUGCGUUUGUGCCUCGCUCAAAAGAUUUUAUGUGUACCGCUUAGAAACGUUACAUCAAUAAAACUAAUAGCGUCGACAGAUCGCUUUGUUUUUGUUGUUACGACUUUGACUUAAUAGUAUACGCUUCCAAGUUAAAUGGCUGCUCACAAUCAUAACGAGAUAUUCAAUUCAAAGAUUCCUCAAUAGUUUUAAAGGAGAAUAAAUGCAACAGAACAUUCAUCUUA